AUGGCACUAGAAACAAAUCUUAACCCGUCUGGAAAGCAAUCCACACAAACGCAUAAACGAAAAGAAAAGGAUCAACGACGAAAACAAUAUGACGAUCAACAAGUGCAAGGAACCAACAAUUCAUCAAUUGUAUCUAAACGCAGUGUCGAAAAGUUAUAUUUUCCGCAAAUCCAACCCGAACUAGGAUCAUGGUUUAGUCAUUUUGUUCCAUCGCUGAAAAAGGAUCGACGGUCACCAGCGAUUAAUCGUGGGUACUGGAUCCGUAUGGAGAGUAUACGCCAAACUCUUUAUAGAAUUAUUGGUAGUCAAUGGUGUAGCGGCGAAGUAGAAGGUCUCGUGGGGAAUGAGAAUGAUGAGAUGAAAAUGGAGAAGAAGAAGAAGAAGAGGAGAGUUGUUAAUGUGAUUAAUUUAGGAUGUGGGUUUGAUCCAUUGCCGUUUCAGAUGAUGAGUAUGAGGAAUAAAGGUUUACUUUGGGGUGCUGAUGACAUAGAGGUCAAUUUUAUUGAUGUUGACUAUCCUGACUUGGUUGAGGAGAAGUAUUUAUUGAUUAAAGCCUCGGAUGAGAUUAAGCAAUUGAUUGGCACCGAAGUUGACCGUGACGAUCCAUUAUGCAAGUUGAAUACGGCCAACUAUCGAUUGAUUGGAUGUGAUUUGAAAAAUUUAAAGCAAUACCAAGAUAUAGUUGAUCAUUAUUUGCUCACUAAAGAUGCAUCAGAGUCGGAGUACGAAAUGAAUGUGUUCAUAGCUGAAGUUUCUUUAGCUUACAUGAAACCAGAAUUUGCUAAUCCCGUGAUUGAAAUAUCAUCCAAAACGUGCAAUUCCAACUUUAUCAUCUUGGAACAAAUCAUGCCUGAUGGUGCAAGCAAUUCAUUUGCCACAAAGAUGUUGUACCAUUUUGCCCAUUUGAGAAGCCCCAUACAGUGUGUUGAACUGUAUCCCACUAAACUGCAACAAUUGCAACGGUUUCAACAGUAUUACAACUUUAGUGAAGUGAGGAACCUUUUUGAAAAUUGGCAGUCGUUGAUUGAAGAUGAUGAAAUCAAGCAUCAAAUGAUGCAAGUGGAGGAGUUUGAUGAAUGGGAGGAGUUUAUUUUGUUUUGUCAGCAUUAUAUUGUUCUUCAUGCCACUAAUGACGUUAAGCAAUUGGUUUAUGAUGAAAAAUUGCAACCUGAUUUUCAAGUAGAUGAUGGUGAAGGGAAGGCGCAGUUUGCCGUCGACGACGAAGUGAAAUUAAGUAUUGAUGAACGGUUUGAUGAUAAAGUUGAUAUGUUGCAAGUAAAGUUCCCUGCAUGUGCUCGGUUAAAUGAUAAAGUUUAUGUACAAGGUGGGUUGAAACAAACAAGAACCAAUGAAACCAUUGAAGUGGACUAUGAUACAGGUGAAAUUAGAAGACAAUUUUCGGGUGAAUCAGGGGAUGAUAAUGUUCCACCGCCUCGCAUGUGUCACUGUUUGACCACUGUUAGUGAUAGUUUAAUCCUUACUGGUGGCAGAACCAGACCGGGUGAUGUUAAAGAUGAUAUUUAUAAAAAUGACCGCCAGAAUUGGCUCAAAAUUGGUCACUUGGAUGAACCAAGAUCUAGGCAUUCUGCAGUGGCUAUAAACGAUAAAGAAAUUCUUAUAUUUGGUGGGUUAUUAGAAACAUCAAAUGGUGACCCAUUUAUACUAUACAAUGUGGCAACAAACCAAAUCCAACCACUUCAAGCACGAGGUGAUUAUAUUGACAAUUUAUACAGUUCAACUAUCGUUUAUCACAAGAAUGAUGAGGGAUACAUUUAUGGUGGAUUUAACCAAUGUCAUUUACCUAGUGUUAAUGAUCGACUUUAUAAAUUUGUUAUUGAUUAUGAUACCAAUCAAAUCAAACUUGAAGUUGUGUUGCAACAUUUUAUGUUUGCCCGAAUUGGCAGUCAAGCACAACUCAUCAGCAACAACCACAGCAACAAGUUAUUAAUUGUUGGUGGUGUAUCAUCAGAAACCAUUUUGACUAGGAUGACCAACAUUGUCACGUUGCAAUUGGAUACAUUGACGUUUAACAGUGUUGAAAUAUCUUCAGCAGUAAGUUUACGUUAUCCACCGAUAUUUAUUGGUUUUGGCCUUGUUUCAAUGAAUCAGCACUUGAGCUUGAUUAUUGGUGGUGGUGCUGUUUGUUAUUCAUUUGGUAGUUGUUAUAAUUGUGUAUACAAGUUAGAAUACUAG